AUGAAAUUCUUCUACACAUUCUUUAUCCUCCCUUCCAUUUUUAUCACGACGACACUCUUUAACAUAAUCGUUGCAUCUGGUGAGACAUUGGACCCACAAUGCGGUAAAUCCCGUGAGACUCUGGAUUACUGUAUGAAGGAUAUUAAUUCCAUAGAAAGACCUAUUCCACAAUCCAUUCAAGAAAUUCAUGAAGUUUGUUCAGCUUUCGUGACUGGAAUGAAGUGCACGGAUGACUACUUGACGAGAUGCAUAGAUCAACGUGAACGCAAGAUAAUUGAAAGUGAGAUUUACGGAGCAAAACAUUUGUAUGACCAUCUCUGUCGUAAUCGCAACUUCCAAACUAAUUUCUUGAAGCACCUUGAUUGUAUCAUAAGUAUACAAUUACGUUGGAAUGCAUGCUCAGAUAAAUUUGUACGUGAAGUAAAAGAGGAUAUUAGCAAGCAUUUCUCCCAGGAAGCAGCCCAAAAGAGAUACGUUGACUUUUGCUGCAAUCGACUUAUGUAUGAAAACUGCGUCUAUGACGAAGCAAUGACAAAAUGCUCGACAGAUUCGGCCAAUUUUAUUCGCGAAAUCGUGAAGAUACUUUCAACGGAAAAGAAUUUUGCUGACUGUGACAAAUUUGAGAAACACUGCAAAAAUAGUCAAGCACAUUUGGGAAAUAUGUCAUUUUUACUUGUGAUAUGUUUUACAAUUAUUUAUUUAAUAGAAAACUCUAUACUCCGUGGAAAUUGUUUAAAUUAAGAUUUAUUGCGAAAACAUAUUUUAUUUUGUUAUAGAGAUUUCUA